GAUGUCAGUCAUGAUGAGGAGCGCGAGGAGGCUGCGGCAGCUGGUCGGCGGCGCGAGGAGCCUUCAUCAGCACGCUCACGGCCAGAGGACCGUGGGGGUCAUCGGGGCCCCUUUCUGCAAGGGACAGCCCCGCGGAGGAGUGGAGAAAGGACCUGACCUGAUCCGAGCUGCAGGACUCAUCAGCAGGCUGCAAGAGCAAGGUGUUGCAGUGAAGGAUUAUGGGAACCUGAAAUUUGAUGAUGUUGUGGACCCCGAGCCGAUUGGGAUGCUGAAAAACGUGCUGGCGGUGGGCAGCGCCAACCAGAGGCUGUCGGAGGCGGUGCAGGAGGUGAAGAAGGAGGGGAAGACGGCCGUGAUGCUGGGAGGAGACCACAGUCUGGCCAUCGGCUCCAUCCACGGUCACUCUGCAGCCGUCGGCGAUCUGAGCGUGGUUUGGGUCGACGCCCACUCCGAUAUCAACACGCCGCUGACCACAACGACAGGAAACCUGCACGGACAGCCCGUCUCCUUCCUGCUGUACGAGCUGCUCUCUAAGGUUCCCACUCUGCCAAACUUCUCGUGGCUCAAACCGUGCGUGUCAGCCAGGGAUCUGGUCUACAUCGGACUGAGAGACAUCGACCCUGGAGAGCACUACAUCCUGAAGGAGCUUGGAGUGAAGAUGUACUCCAUGACUGAGGUGGACCAGCUGGGUGUGGAGAGAGUGAUGGAGGAGACAUGUGACUACAUCGCUGCCAGAGGGAAUAAACCGAUCCAUCUGAGCUACGACGUGGAUGCCAUUGACCCUUCCAAGACCCCGGCAACCGGGACACCAGUAGUGGGCGGGCUGAGCUACAGAGAGGGCGUCUACAUCACAGAAUACCUCUGUGAGACGGGUCUCCUGUCUGCCGUGGAUCUGGUGGAAGUGAAUCCUCUGCUGGGUAAGACACAGGAGGACGUUCAGUCCACCGUCAGCACGGCGGUUGACCUGCUGCUUGGCUGUUUUGGACGCCGCCGUGAGGGAAACCACCCUCUGGGGUAUGUGCUACCUGAGCCAUAACGGGGAAGAUGCUCUCCUCUCCUACUGCACUGAAGGACAACUGCAAAAUCAUGGACUAAAAUACCCAGAAUGCCUCUGGCCUGCUGACAAACCUCUGCACUGCCUAUGUAUGACUAAUGCAACGCUUUGACCAAAGAUAAAAUCCACCUGCUUCUCAGGAAAAAGACACAGAUCAAGACAAAAGGAAAAGAAGAUUUACUGAUGUAUCUGCUGCAUUAAAUAUUUAUUGACAGUUUAAAAUGUGCUUGAAAAAAAAUAAAAAUUU